GGGCAGCAAUGCGCUGAUGUCAUCAACUACCUUUAACGCUAAAGAAGAAGAAGUAGACAAACAUUAUUUUGGUAUUAGAAUUUGUUGUCUUAUGGACCGCCUGCAAUCUUUUGGGAAUGAUCCUUUUGAUAAACCACCGUGCAAAGGUUGCUCAUCUUCUCUAUCUGAGCCCUACAUCAAGUGUGCAGAAUGUGGACCUUCUCCCUUUCUACUCUGCCUCCAGUGUUUUACCAGAGGAUUUGAAUACAAGCAGCACGAGAGUGAUCACAAAUAUGAAAUCAUGACAUCAGAUUUCCCCGUGCUGGAGCCUGGGUGGACGGCCCUGGAAGAGAUGGCCCUGUUGGAAGCCGUCAUGGACUGCGGCUUUGGAAACUGGCAGGAUGUGGCAUAUCAGAUGCGCACCAAAACCAAGGAGGAAUGCGAGAGCCACUAUAUGAAGAAUUUCAUCCAUAACCCGCUGUUCUCCUCCACCUUGCUCAGCCUCCGGAAAACAAAAGACUCCCGCUUUGCAGAGGGUGCUAUUCCUUUCAAACCCACUGAUGAUCCUCCGCGGCCUACGUUCGACUCUGUGUUGUCUCGAGACAUGGCUGGAUACAUGCCUGCUAGAGCAGACUUCAUGGAGGAGUUUGACAACUAUGCAGAGUGGGAUUUGAAAGACAUCGACUUUGUGGACGAUGAUUCGGACAUUCUACGUGCACUCAAGCUUUCAGUUGUUGAUAUUUAUCAUUCAAGACUAAAAGAGAGACAGCGAAGGAAAAAGGUCAUCCGAGACCACGGAUUGAUCAACCUGCGGAAGUUCCAGAUGCUGGAGCGAUGUUACCCAAAGGAGGUGCAGGAGCUGUAUGAUGUCAUGAGACGAUUUGCCAGAGUGGCUGGACCGAUUGAACAUGAUAAAUUCAUCGAAAGUCACGCACUGGAGUUUGAGCUUAGGAGAGAGAUCCGCAGGCUGCAGGAGUACAGAAAGGCCGGGAUCAAAUCUUUCUGCAGUGCCAAAGUGUACGAGCGUGUGAAGCGGCUGCGGGAGGAGGAGCGGCGGAAGCGGACCAUGUUGUGUGACGUGCUGCAGUACAUCCAGGACGGCCGAGCCUGCCAGCAGUGGCUCAGCAAACAGGCUGCAAUAGAUUCCGGCAUCACUCCGGCUGUCACGACGAUCACCGUGUCAGCAACAGGUAGGCGCAGCGCCCCUCCGCUCAAUCUGACCGGGCUGCCGGGGACAGAGAAACUCAACGAGCGCGAGAAAGAGCUAUGCCAGGUUGUGCGCCUGGUGCCGGGGGCCUACCUGGAAUACAAGCAGGCGCUGCUGAACGAGUGCAGGCGACAGGGCGGGCUGCGGCUGGCUCAGGCCAGGUCGCUUAUCAAGAUCGACGUCAACAAAACACGCAAAAUCUAUGAUUUCCUGAUCAAGGAGGGCUACAUCACUAAGGCCUAGAAACCUCUCUAUGAGCACAAAGGAGAACGGGCGGUGGUUAGUGGUUCGUGUUAUCUAAUCUUGUAACUUUGUAAGCCUUUGUCAUGUUAGCGGUUCUGCUUGUUGUUGUUGUUCAUUUUGUAACAUUUGUAAGGUUUGUUCAUGUUUUAUGAGUCUAAUGUAAUAAAAUGGCAAAUCCUAUAGAACUCAGAACAACAGGGACUCGUGCUAAAUGAGGAUGUAUUUAUUUCUCCUGUCAUAAAAUGUUGAUGCUGAUAUUUGACAUGCUGAUACAUGUCAGAUAAUACAGGCCAAACAGAUCCAGUCUUGUACUAAUUACAAGACUUGGCAAAACCUGGUUCCUUUCUAAUUAAUUCAUUCCAAUUAUGAACAUUUUUUGCAUGCAAACGUAUAAGGUUUCAGUAAUACAUUUACUGGAACAUUUUAUCAAGAAGUUCUUUAACUCCUGUAACAAUAUAUACCUUUGUCAUUUCUCAAGACAAACAGUUAUUUUAAGAAAUCCCUUAAAACAUUAACCUCCUAAAGUAAAAUUGCAAAAAAGAAAGUAGCUGAUUCACGCCAGCGGUAGAGGCGACGGGUAUUGAUCGGUCUCGACACCAGUCCAACACUGUUGGAAGUGAACUGGUUUGGAAGUGAAUAACGAGUAGUAUGAGGUAAUGCGUUAUGUUUUCCUGCCUGUGAAUGGCCUCUACAGAAUUACAGAUUAAGUCAAAUCUAUACUGUAAAUCUCAUUGUAGAGUCGCACAAUUCAGCCCCAUCGUUGCUGCGCUGACGGUUUUGUCAACACGGUGAUAGACACUCAUUGGCAUCGCGGACUCUAUCCUCCGCGUCUCCAUCUGUGCACGAUGUGACGAUGGAGGUCUGUGAUGAAUCCGACGCUGGCAGGAGGAGCAGGGAGCAGCCGCCGCAUCCACCUAAGCUAACAGCCUGAUUAUAACGCCAGAUCCCAAACCUCCAUGAUGACACACCGUCAGGACGCUGAGCCAAGAUGCUGAAAUGCCGGGAUAGGAUCUUGAUUGAAGAGGUUGUAGAGGAUAAGAAAUUUCCAGGGUUUUUUUUCGAUGCCAAGUUAUUGAUCCAUAACAAACGCGUUGAAUUACACCUUUCCCUUCUGCUCAUUUCACAGGAUGCCAGUUUCCUCAUGUUCCACUUAACGAGAGGCUUAGUUCCAACAAGCCUCAACAGCCCAGGCUUUGAUCUCUCCCCUCGAACGUUUUUUAUUUUCCUUUUAACGCUUGUGUUCUUAUGGCCACAAAAUAGCGGCAGUUCGGGUUCUGUCUUUGUUUUAAGCAGAUUAAUAAAUGUCACUGAGAACUCGACCAUAUCACUGACAAUAAAGCCGCCGCAGAGUUACGAAAAUUGCAAUAUAUACCGCUUGAAAGAUACACUGAAAAGUUAGAACACAGCUUGAAGGGUCGAACUCUGGCAACAGGACUAAAAUGAUAAGAACAUUUUACGGUACAUUUUGGUUGCCAUAAAACUAAACACAUAGUUUGCACAGUACCUAAUUGCGACUGAGCUCAAUGACCUUCACACAUGGCUGUGGAUUAGUUUGUCAUGUUGCAUUUGACCAAUCACACUUGCUACUUAAUCAGAGGUAAUUAAGCCCCGCUUUACUCUACCGUUGUUCUUGAUAAUACUUUUUUUUAUUUUUUUAUCCUUGCAGAAUGUUUAGUAGAAAUGAAAUGUCUCACAGCUCUUGUAUUUGUUUUGGUUGUAUUUGGAUGAUUGCAUGCAUAUUGGGACUGGUCUGUAUAGGCUUUGCUUCAUUGAGUUCUGCUCCUGCAGCUGCGAGAGCCAAGCUGAGCAGACCGUUACGUUUAGACGUUUGUGACUAAAGAACAGGGUUGUGCAUGUGAAGGCUGAAGACUGGAGACAUUUUUCACAGCAGUAAAAUAAAAGAUGAUCCAGUCACAA